GAGAAUGUGAACAAGUCAGUGCACCUGAAUACCUCGGAUUGUGUACGUAUAUCGCGGACAUUUUCCGCGUCUCGUUAUUGACACAUUGUUAGAACACUGGUGAUCUGUGAUUUAUGUGAAACACAUUACUUGAUAUCUCGUAAGUGAGACUUGGAGAAUACGCAGGAAGAAAAUUAUCCCAAGAGAUUAUAUUUUCCAGUUACGGACGCCGUUAGAAGAAAAAUUUAAGAGUCCUCUUCGUCCCCCAGUGGAAGCAGCAUCACCAUUCGCCCUCUCCAUCUUCCCGAGAUAACUUCCCAAUGUCGCUGGCCUAGUGGACACACGAAUCGUCAAGGAUGCUGGUAUUUGCGUUGGUACUGGCUUUCGUGGGGGGCACAGUAUGGGGUGAUACUGUUCCUGUCCCCUGUUCUGAGGUUGACGAGCAGUUGACCCUCCCUUGCCAGUGCACAGUCAGCAAUCAGAAUGAAAUUUCUAUCAACUGUGACAACGUUGCUUUUCCUCGGGACUUUCCAUUGCUGCCUUUCAAAAUGAACAUCGUUGAAUUUACACAAAGGAAAGCAGGCAUCCAGGCACUAAGAGGCCAGUUAUUCACUGCAUCUGAACUUCCUCUAAGAAAGGUGGAUUUCUCGAGGAACACGAUCAGACGCCUUAACGACGACGUUCUAGAUGGUCUGGAGGGCACCCUUCUAGAGCUGCGACUCGAUCAUAACCUUUUGGGAAACAUCCGCAACCCAGUGUUCUCUUCGUCCGAGAUUGCCAAAAUGGUCUCCCUUCAAACGUUGAACCUGGCUCACAACCAUCUGAGGGAGCUAGACACUGGGAUGCUGACACCUCUGGUGAACUUGGAGGUCCUUCACAUCGAGGCAAAUAACUUCGCAGCUGUCCCUUCAGCUGCCCUCAGAGGGCUCACCAAUCUGAAGGUGUUGACGUUGCAGGAGAAUGACAUAGAUCAAGUGAAAAAUUCCUCCUUCGUCGAGACUCCUGGACUGCUGUUGAACAUUUCACACAACAGAAUCGUCAACAUCAAAGAUGGAGCUUUCCAAGAACUAACUGAUCUGAUUACCCUCGAUAUUUCGUACAACAGGUUGUCUAAAUUGGAUUCAAGAGUAUUCAGAGGUAUGACGUCACUGGAGGAAUUGGAUCUUUCGUCUAAUUUCUUGACUGAAAUUCCAGCCGAUGCCCUGAAAGAAAUUGUGAACCUCAGGAUUCUUGUCCUUCAUGACAAUCUAAUCCAGACUCUAGGUGGUGUCGUGGCCCUCGGACCCAUGACUAGUCUGGAGCAAUUGGAUUUGACUCGAAAUAACAUCGGAGAACUUCCUACGGGGACCUUCAGGCAGCUAUCUGGCUUAAAGUCUUUGAAACUUGCUGUUAACUCAAUUAGAAAGGUUGAAGAUGAUGCGUUUGAAGGCCUGACUUCAUUAGAGACUCUUCACCUUGAUGAUGACAACAUUCUCUCAAUCCCUUCGACAGCUCUUGCAAAGGUACAGACGCUCAAGACCCUUAGCUUGGACUACAAUCGUGUGGGCGUCAUUUCUGCUAACAGUCUACAAACUGCCACUAGUCUGCAUCAUCUGUCCAUAGCUCACAAUAUCAUUAGGGAACUUCCCCAGGGAACAUUUUCAAACUUCACUGACCUUGAAAGUUUGAAUCUCUAUGGAAACCAACUCCAAUAUAUAGUCCCUGAGAGCUUGGUAGGCUUACGCGAAAGCCUGAAAGAGCUGAACUUGGGUCUGAAUCUCUUAAAUGAAUUGCCACAGUUUGACUUUCCUCUCUUGGAAUCCCUUGUUCUCUCCAAAAACAAUAUUACAAUUUUGCCCUCAGAUGCUUUUGUCUUGCUCCCAGAGUUGAGAAUGCUGGACUUGAGUGAAAACCAUCUCAAUUUACUGCCUGUGACUCUUCUCCAUCCUAUGAGCAAACUUACUACUCUUGACUUAAGCAUGAACAAAAUCACAGAGAUUCGACCAGGGCAAUUCAAUGAGUCAUCAAUCAAUGUUAUUAACUUGCAACACAACGAAAUUAAGGAGAUUCCAAGCGAAGCAUUUAAAGACCUUUUAUUCUUACACACACUGGACCUCAGUCACAAUGGUAUAAGAAGUAUUGGUGAUGCUGCUUUCUUAAACAUAGUUCUCUUACACAUACUUCGCCUUAACAACAACAUGCUCCCCUCAUUCAAGAAAGAAUAUUUCAAAUUAACAGUUCCAGCUCCUGGAACAGAACUAAGAAUACUUGAUAUUAGUCAUAACGACAUAACAUUCCUUCAGCCAUUAGCAUUCCAACUUCACUCAAAACUCACCUGGCUUAGUCUGUCACAUAAUCGCCUCUCUUUCUUCCCUGCUGAAAUUGUACGAGAUCUCAAAGAACUUGAACACCUUGAAGUAGAGAAUAAUGAAAUUAAGGCUUUAGAAAACAGUGAUUUUGCCAACUCUCCUUACCUUCGACAGCUGCAUUUGAAAAAUAAUAUGAUAGUGACAGUGUCAGAAACUGCUUUCCAAAACUCAACCCAACUACAAGAACUUGACCUCAGUCAUAAUAGUAUUUCAGAGCUUCCAGAAGAUGUGUUUCUAGGAAUUGCUCGGUUACACUUGGAUUUAAGCCACAACAAAUUGUCCUCAUUUCCAGAUAAGAUAUUUGACAGGACCAAGAUUCAAAAACUUCAGUCUUUAGAUCUAUCUUACAAUGACUUCAAGGAAGUACCAGUUGAGAGACUCAGAGGACAGUACUUUUUCUUAAGUGACCUGAGCAUGGCUCACAAUAAAAUUGAAAAUGUACCAAGUAAGGCUGACACCCUGGUAAAUAUAAAAACACUGGAUUUGUCCUAUAAUCCACUAUCAGAAGAGGCCAUUUACACUUUAUUAAAUGAGCCCAAAACUGUCAGGCACCUCAAUCUUGCAGGGACAAACGUAACAAAAAUCCCAGAAAUUGAGGCCCGAUUCUUACUUACACUUAACUUAUCUGACAAUAACAUUGUUGGUGUUAAGGAGCAGUCAUUUGAGUUAUGUCAGUAUCUUCAAGUCUUGGAUAUAUCUAAGAAUAAAAUCCCCAACCUUAUCUACGGCCUUGCAACAGCUUGGCCAAAAAUACCUGAUCUACGAGAACUAGAUAUUUCAGACAAUCCACUGGCAUAUAUUAUAAAUGGUGACUUUGAUUAUCUGCGCAAUCUUGAAGUACUGAAAGCAUCUUAUCUUCCUCGUGUAAAAAGUAUCGAAAGAACUGCAAUGACACCUUUGCGAUCUUUGCGGGAACUUUACCUCCACACAUUCCCUUCUCUUGCUGUGCUUGAUGUUAGAGGUAUUUUAGAGGGAUUACCAGGUUUAGAGGUAGUUGAUAUUGAAUUAACAGACAGGGAAGUUCAUGACCAACUUCAUCCAGCAUUCUACCCAAGACUUAGAAGUUUAACUGUUCGUGGUCAAGCAGUGGAAGCACUUUCUGGAGGUGCUUUUGCUGGUAUUAACAGUCCUGAGCUUACUGUUGGUUUAGUGAAUACAAGCGUCAGCAAUCUGCGCUCUAAUGUCUUUUUCCCAGUACCUAUGUCUUCAAAAAUAUCUUUGGAUAUCUCUGAUUCUAAUAUCACUUCAUUAAGUCCCCAAUUCCUAAAUAAUCUAGACUCUCGGCAAAGACACUUGCGCCUGACAGGAUUAGGAUCUAAUCCUUUAUUCUGUGAUUGCAAUAUAAGAACCUUAAGACGUUGGUUGGUAGCCAGAGGUCCAAGGGACAACCUCUACAAUGUAACUUGUAAGGAGCCAGAAAAUCUCAAUGGAGUAAUUCUUACAUCACUCACUGAAGAAGACUUGACCUGUGAAGGUCGACCAACUACAACUACCACGGAUUUACCUGCUUUCACAACAAGCCAAAGGAACUCUGUUACUACUGAUAACAUUAUAACCUUUGAUGAUAUGACAGGUCGUCCAAAGGAAAAAUAUGAGGUGGAAGGAUCCAAGCCACCAAUACGAAACAGUGCUGGUCUUACCAACAUGGAUACUGUGAUCAUUGGCAUUGUUGGAGGUGUAGUAGCAUUUGUAGCAAUCCUUAUCAUCCUUAUAUGCCUUAUAAGACUCCGUUCUGAUUCACAGUACCGAGGGGGACCACUGGCUGGUCAUCUGGCGAUGAGACAGCAAGGAAACUGUACAUGUCUUAAACCGCCUCCACCACCUGGCAGUUGGGCAGGGUAUCCAGGGCCUUACCCAACUCUUCCACAUCCACCAUCAUCAAGGGCUGGUACCCUCAAGAUGAUGCCUCCCCCAACUACACCCAUUCCACCCGCUUAUGGUACAGUUGGGGGUCAUAGUGGCCGUAGCUAUUAUCCCAAUCAAUAUUACAUGGGAUAUCCAGCAGAGAGUGAGCACGACCUUCGAUGAGUCUCAUUGGUAGGUAGGGGUAAUCAUUUAAAUUUACAUACCAGUUAGACAACUUAGUAUAACUAUAUGAAGGUUUUGACUUUUAAAUAUCAUCUAGAAAAACUAUUUUUUUUAACAGUACAAUACUACUGCAACUUCCAUGGGAGCUGUUAAUGCUGUUAUGCUGUACAGAGCUGUUCCUGUCUUUUAAAAGUAAUGAAAAGAAAUGAGAAAUGAAGUUUUAAAGUACUUUGCAAACAAUUCCAACUUUAGUUUGAAGCUGUUUGAAGAAAUUUUUAUCUAAUGCUGUUAUUAGUAAAUUAUAUUUCAGGAACCUGAAGUCUGUUGUAUGAACUAUUGCACGUAAUCGUUCACUUUUGCAUCUUCAGGUUCAUGAGAACCAAUAUGAUGAAGGUUUAAUGAAAGGACAAAUAUUGAAUAUGAAAAUUAUAAGUGGUGUCAUAUAAAUUAGUUUGAUAAAAUGGCGUUGUUACAGGUGUCUCGCUCUGAACUGUGACAUUAAUGUUCAUAUUCAAGAUAUUGUUAUCGGGCUUCAAGUUUUGUUAUCCAUGGAAUUAGACUGACAUUAUUUGAAGGCCAACCUCCUUCCUUCCCCCGUCGCCUCUUCCCAAGCCUCAAUGAAUACUGAGUAUUUUUCUUGUAAAUAAAGUAGGCUAGUAUUUCAUAUGAAUGACAGGUGUGCCCUAAUUCAGGUUGUUUACUUGUGUACCUGCGUAUGUGAGAUGUAAGGUCAAGAGGUGUAAUAAAGUGUGUAUAAUCUCUGCUGUACAGUUGAAGUAAAUAAAUUUCUAUAUUGUUAGCCUUUUAACAUCA